UGUAGAGUUUAAGGUCGUUUGGUAUGCACGUCGAGUGUUCGAUCAAAUUACUGAACGAAAUGUUUUCCUAUGUAACUCUAUACUUAAAGGGUACUCAGAAAAUGAAUUCUACAAGGAAACAAUGCUUGUUUUUAAUCAGAUGAAGAAGAGAGAUAUUAAACCGAAUUGCUUUACUUUCCCAUUUGUGAUCAAAUCUUGUAAGAAGCUUGGGGAUUUGGUUGAAAGUAAGAAAGUUCAUUGCUUUGUGAUUAAAGCUGGGUUUCAAGAUAACCCAUUUAUUAGCAUUUCAAUGAUAGAUUUGUAUUCAACUCUUGGACAAGUAAAAUCAGCACGUAUUAUGUUUGAUGCAAUGCCUGAAAGAAAUAUUGUAGCUUGGACUACGAUGAUAUCUGGCUACAUUUUAUCCGGUGACAUUGAAAAUGCACGUGCCCUCUUUGAUUUAACACCAGAUCGUGAUGUAAUUAUUUGGAACACCAUGGUUUCUGGUUAUAUUGGCAAGGGAGACAUGUGUACAGCAAAGCAGUUAUUUGAUGAGAUGCCGAAUCCAGAUAUAAUGGCAUACAAUACUCUAUUGAUUGGGUAUUUCAAUAAUGACGAAUUCGAGAAAGGUGAGAGGUUCUUUAACGAAAUGCCUGAGAAAAAUGUGUUCUCAUGGAAUGGGUUAAUCGGUGGAUAUGCGCGUAAAAGUCAGUUUUCCAAGGUUUUGGAUGCUUUUGAUAGGAUGCUAAAGGAAUCUUCGGAUAUUCCACCUAAUGAUGCAACACUUGUUAGUGUUUUGACGGCCUGUUCGAGAUUAGGAGCUCUGGAUAUGGGGAAAUCAGUUCAUGUUUAUGCGGAGAGUAAUGGGUAUAAACAGAAUGUUUAUGUGGGGAAUGGAUUGAUCGACAUGUAUUCAAGAUGUGGAAGCAUAGAAGAUGCACUUGAUGUUUUCAAUGGAAUGAACUCAAAAGACCUGAUUACUUGGAAUUCAUUGAUUAGUGGGUUGGCUAUGCAUGGGCGUGGAACUGAUGCUUUAACAAUGUUUGAUCAGAUGAUAAAUGCCAAUGUGAAGCCAGACAAGAUAACCUUUGUUGGUGUUUUAUGCGCUUGCACUCAUAUGGGCCUGAUCGAUGAAGGGUUUUCCUUGCUAAAUUUGAUGAUUAAGGAUUACUCUAUCACGCCAGAAAUUGAGCACCAUGGGUGCAUCGUCGAUCUUCUAGCAAGAGCAGGGUAUCUUGAAGAAGCUUUUGCUUACAUAAAAGCGAUUCCUAUGCAAGCAGAUGCUGUUAUAUGGAGUGCUUUACUUGGUGCAUGUAGAACUUACAAGAAUAUUGAACUUGCAGAGUAUUGUCUUGAACAGCUUAUCAAGCUUGAGCCAAAAAACCCUGCAAAUUACGUCAUGCUUGCGAAUAUAUGCAAGGAUAUGAACAGAUGGGAAGAUGUUUCAAGGUUAAAAGUUGCAAUGAAAGACACAGGGGUUCGGAAACCUACUGGAUGCAGCUUAAUAGAAGUGAAUGGUAGUCUUAACGGGUUCUACUCGUUAGAUGAGAAGCACCCAAAAAGAGAUGAGAUUUACAGGGUUUCGAAUCAACUGGUAGAGCUGUUAAAAUUACCGACAUACAGUUCAAAACUUGACAAACUUGAGGAGUACUAUGUAUUUUAAAGCACACACUUUCUUAAAUAUGAAGUUUUAAAAUAAAGUGAAAGGAGAUGGCUAGAUAUUUCGAAGGGUUCGAUGAUUUUAACAGCCACCACUUGAUUCUGACUUGUCUUAAGAAUGUGUAAGAGGAGUAAAGACAGUCGAGCGGUUCUUCUCUUCUCGAAGAAGAAGAACAUAAGAAAGCAUCACACAUGAUAAUUGCGUAUGACACGAUUACUUCUUCUUAGCCACAAUUUCAUCCCAAUCCUCACCGACCAUUUACCCAUUUGUCAACAACAGUUGGUAAUUGUAUGUGUACCUUCUUCAAUCCAUACGCCUAGAAUUUGUGUCUAGCUGAUCUAAUGCACGUCUAUUGUAUGCGUGGAGUUCACAAUUGCUGCUCAAAUCCAUGUCCUAUCUUUCAGAAAUGCACAUUGCUGGUUUUCCAAGUUAAGUAUCUUCACUCGGAACAGGCAGUACUUCGUACCCUCGAGGGUCUGCUAUUUAUUGUUUCAUGGGUCUUUUCAUUUGGACAUCUCGUUGGGAAAGUUAAGCCUUGGGAUGUAAAACUAAAACAGAUUGAUCCGGACAUAUACUGGCCACGUACACA